ACUCCAACUCCAAGCGGCAACGGCAACAUCGGCAAGGUAGUUUCUUCCGACCGCCUAUGAAAGUGAGAAUUAACAGCUGCAGUGUAGAUGAGUUGGACAGCGUGGAUCCUGGCUUCUAUGAGAAGAAGAGGAAAACAAGAAAUCCCAGGAAAAAUAAGUUGCUUGUGGAUGUUCCUGAGUCCAAAAAGUUCCUUCAUACAGCAACCAUGCCAAUGAUACUCACUGUUGUGGGGACUGCUCUCUUUUCUAAGCUCCUCAUGAUGUAUGAUCACUCCACAGAACAGGAAUGGAUUGAGCGAAAGAUAAAGGAGACCCCUGGCCUGAGUAGUGUAAGGGUGCUCACUCGUGAAGAGUGGGAUGCAAUUCAAGAAGUGAGACCAAGGACACCAUUUGAAUCUAAGAUAGCAUGCCCCAAUGCAAAAAUACGAACUGGGGAGCCACUUCAUAGGGUAAGAUUU